AUGAAAGUGAACCCCCUGGUGUCGAAAGCAAAUAAUCCGAUCAGAUCGAUAGUAGAUGACCUUGUCGGCAAGCAGAACCCUGCAAAAGAUCUCAUUUCUCUCGCACAGGGUGACCCCACCGCCUACGGACACCUGAAGCCUCCCGAAGAAGCAGUUGCUGCAGUCGUUCGCGCGUUUCUUAGUGGCAAUCAUAACGGAUACACCGCGUCGUCCGGUUCGGCAGCAUGCCGCGCUGCUAUUGCGACGACUCACUCUUGCAAAAAUCGCCCCCCCUUGAGCCGUGAUGAUGUGUUCGUUACAGUUGGUUGUUCAGAAGCCCUUGAACACUGCAUCACUGUUCUAGCGGUACCUGGUGCAAACGUGUUACUUCCUCGUCCCGGUUUCCCGCUGUAUGAGACAUUAUGUCAACGACAUGGUGUUUCCUUUCGUUUUUACGAUCUUUUGCCAGAAACAGGCUGGGAAGUGGACCUCGAGAGUGUCAGGCGUGUCUAUGACGAUGCAACGGCCGCUUUACUCAUCAACAACCCAUCAAACCCCUGUGGUGCUGUGUAUUCAAGGGAUCACCUGAAAGAUUUGGUUACACUGGCACAAACUCUUGAGCUGCCGCUAAUCGCAGAUGAAGUGUACGCAGGCAUGACGUUUGGCAAACCUUUCAUACCCGUGGCAGAAGUAGCCGGCAAAGUACCGGUCCUUUCGGUGGGUGCUCUCUCGAAGCGAUGGUUAGUCCCCGGUUGGCGUUUGGGCUGGUUAUGCAUCCAUGAAAUUGGCACAACAUUAUAUGACUCUGGCGUGCGAACAGCGAUCAACCGGCUUUGUCAGAUAUCCUUGGGUCCAAGCACACCUUUGCAAGCUGCCGCCCCACAAAUUUUGGCUCUCGAUGACAGCAUCUGGUUGAGAAAUGUGUUGAGGAAGUUAAUGAGCGCAGCUGCGUAUUCGGCAAAGCGCGUGGCUAGAAUACGGGGAUUAAGAAUCUUAUCUCCACCGCAAGGGGCGAUGUAUGUGCUGGUUCACAUAGAUCGCCAUGCAUUUUUGGAUUGCCCAUCAGACCUUCUAUUUGCUGAAAAAUUACUUGAAGAAGAGUCAGUUUUGGUUCUGCCGGGGACUUGCUUUAGAGCUCCAGGUUUCGUGCGCAUAGUCACCACUGUGCCAGAGCCUGUAUUGCAAGCAGCUUGGGACCGUGUCGAGUCUUUUUGUGCGCGAAGAUGUACAAGGACACUUCAAAUUACAGACACAUCUACUUCUUCAGCGAGAGAAGGUCAUAGCACGCUCGCGAAUCUGCCUCAAGUAGCUUCGUAUAUCGGAGGUCACGAAGGUUUGCUACUCAGGCCCCCUUCUCAAUGUGCCACACAAGAGAAUUCUGAAUGA